AUGAGCCCCUGGCCGCCUUCCACCUCUGCGAGCCCCCAACCACCUCCCGUCUCCUCGAGCCCCCGGCCACCUCCCACCUCUCUGAGCCUCCACCGCGAUCCUUCUAAGGUAAUUGCAAACAUCUCUGGGCUCAAGCGAGGGCUUCAUGGAUUCCAUGUUUAUGCUCUUGGUGACACCACCAAUGGUUGCAUGUCUACUGGGUCGCAUUUUAAUCUUGCUGGGAAGGAACAUGGGGCACCACCUGAAGAUGAGAACAGCUAUACUGGUGAUCUUGGAAAUGUUAUUGCUGGCGAAGAUGGGAUUGUUAAUUUUAGCAUUGUUGACAAGCAGAUUCCUCUCAGUGGACCAAAUUUCAUUAUUGAAAGGGCUGUUGUUGUCCAUGCCAAUCCUGAUGACCUCGAAAAGGAUAAACUUUACUCCUCAGAUAUUCAUAUUAACUUCAUAUUUCAUUAA